GCGGAACUUGCCCGUCUGAGUCAGCAUUGUCAUUACGUAAGACACGCUUCUUCUGACCAGUGGCCACCUUCCAGAUUCGCUUGGCUACCUAGCAGGUCCUGUUCAGCGCUUGGGCUGUCCCUAGCCCGAUUCACUGUCUCGCCUGGCCCAAGAUUUCUGUCUGACGCUUUCGUGUGACUGCGCCAACCUCUCCAUCCCACGAAUUACCUCGCUCUUCCCCUCUACACCCACACCGCGAUAAAACCUGCCAUCUCGAAAAAAGUAGGCAGCAGAAGCGAAAGAACAGCGCCGACUCUUCCUUCCUCGUCUCUUUCGUACUAAAAUCAGCGCAAGAUGUCAGGCCUAGACGUUGAGGCGUUGCUUGACGCCACCGCAAAAAGCUCUACCGAGACGAAGACACACGACGUCGAAGAACGCACCAAUGGCGACCGUUCCGAGCGUAAGGAGCGCGAUCGCGGCCGCGAUGGAAGCCGUGACAGGGACUACGAUAGUCGUCGUCGAGACCAUGAGCGCCGCGACCGCGACCGCCGCGAUCGUAGCACGACACGGAGCCGACGUGGAACCCCGGACGACAUCAAGACAUCAACCCCUCGGAGCGACGCUGGUAGCCACAAGAGUAGGCGGAGAAGCAAAAGCCGCGAUGAUGACCGCCGUCGCUCACGUCGUCACAGAGGAGAUGGUGAUUACUACAGAGGCGGACGAGCCCGCUCGCGAUCUCGGUCACCCCACCGCUCUUACCGCUCAUCACGCGAUGACUAUCGCGAACGCCGCGAUCGCUCCGAUCGCUACUCUGGGGACCAUCGCCGGGCUAGGGACGACGAUCGUCAGGAAACUUCCAAGCGUGAGGCAACACCACAACUUACUGAAGAUGAACGCGAUCGCCGCACUGUCUUUGUCCAGCAGCUCGCCGCCCGUCUUCGCACCCGCGACCUGAAGGCAUUCUUCGAGAAGGUCGGCCCCGUCAAUGAGGCUCAGAUUGUAAAAGAUCGCAUUAGCCAAAGAUCCAAGGGAGUCGGUUAUGUUGAAUUCAAAAACGAGGAUUCAGUCACUCAAGCGCUUCAACUUACCGGACAGAAAUUGUUAGGUAUCCCUAUCAUCGUCCAGCUCACAGAGGCCGAGAAGAACCGACAGGUUCGCAACUCCGAGACCACCAACGCCCACCCGAACUCGAUCCCCUUCCAUCGCCUCUACGUGGGCAACAUUCACUUCAACGUCACCGAGCAGGAUUUACAGGCUGUCUUUGAGCCUUUCGGCGAACUUGAGUUUGUCCAACUCCAGAAGGACGACAAUGGACGCAGCCGAGGCUAUGGAUUCGUGCAAUACCGCGAAGCCAGCCAAGCCAGGGAGGCCCUUGAAAAGAUGAACGGAUUCGAUCUCGCUGGUCGCCCGAUUCGCGUUGGCCUCGGAAACGAUAAGUUUACCCCUGAGAGCACUGCCAACAUCUUGCAGAGAUUUCCUGGCCAAAACCCACAGUUCCAAGGCUCUGCAUUCUCUGGUGCGGGUGGCCGAGGCCCCCAGACAUCGGCAUUCGAUCGCGCGGGUGGAAGAGACAGCGAAAAGUCUGGCGGUGCCAGCGCCCUUGAUGACACAGAUGUCGCCGGUGUCAACUUUAACAACUACAGCCGUGAUGCCCUGAUGAGAAAACUUGCCAGGACUGAUGAUGCUUCCAACGGAGUAGAUGAGCGACAGGUGUUGAAGCCCAAGACCGAGACCAAGCCUCUGCCGGUCAACGUGAACAUGGCCAGCCGAUGCGUCGUCCUGCACAACAUGUUUGACCCUGAAGAGGAAGAGGGAGAAGAAUGGGUCAAGGAAUUGGAGGAUGACGUUCGACAGGAAGCAGAAACCAAAUACGGCCGCGUCGUACACAUCUCCGUCGAUCCGAACUCCAAGGGCGACAUAUACCUCAAGUUCGACAAGGUCCAAGGUGGCGAGAACGCUAUCAGAGGCCUCAACGGUCGUUACUUUGGAGGCAGGAUGAUCGACGCGUCACCUGUUGUAGAUGCCGUCUACAGCAGUUUGUUCUCUCGCACACGAGCGAUCUAAAAGCUAAUCCAUGGCCCCGAAACUACUCGUCUAGGACCCCCCUAUAGUAGGUUCUAAUAUAUCACGUCACUCUACCUUCGCUUACAAGAUUGCUAGGCCGACGCCAUCGUCCUCCAAACUUCGCUCAUUAGAUCGAGCCCUGACGACCGCGAGACUUGCACCGUUGAGUCGCCUGAGGCCGCCGUCCGCGUCCUGUCAAGUCUUUGUCACAUCAGACACCAAGGCCUACCUACCCCAACAUCACUGGAGAGCAGGUUGACAUCGCACUGAUUCUCUGCAGAAAAAGCUUUGAUUACACAUUUCGAUCGCCACUUUUUUCUGGCUGAUAUUUGUACCUUAGGUUGUUCCCUUCCAAGUCCUCCAUUACAUGCGGAGUGAAUGACAGUUGCCAAAACGGCGUCUGGGUAAGGAACAAAGGAAGCUGUAGUUUAUGCACCACAUUAGGUACUAAAAUUGUUCUUAGCAAAUGCUGCUUGAUCUUUAAUGAACCGGCGCGAUGGCUAGUCACAGGUGGUCUCAUUGUUGUCGUCUCACUUGCCCCCAGGACACGUUAAUCCUUAAAGUUAUUCAAGCUGGCCAUCAGGCUGGCUGUCAGGCUAUAUACCUGGCAACAAUGUUCAUAACUCCGUGAGCGAGAACGUACACGGUCAAUGUUCACCACGGUGGCAUAUUUAUGGGCCCCAUCGGGUUCUCUGGGACUACAUCUCCUUUCAGCCUGUCUAUAUCAUCCUACAUAUUAGCCUGGUCCUCCACAAUGACCUCUGGUCCUGCUGGACCAGUUUGUGCCCGAACGAGUAGUGCUCCUGAGUGCGAUUAGAAGGGUUCCAAUUUCCCAGCUUUUUGGCUUCUGGCCACCUGCCGUUCAAGAUCUUUGGCUCUUUUCUCUCAUGUAUCGAUUGAUGAGAAAUUUCGCGGUCCUAUGGCAGCUACCUUCUUUGCUCAAGCCCGUUGGCAUGAGCAACCUGGCUCUUGCAAAAGCGUAUUUGUUCAUACCUUUUUCUCCUCUUUUGUUCUCUUUCUCCUUGAUCACCAGCACGUAAGGGCUUUCAUCAGACAUUAAACAAUCACACCAAUGUCACAACUAUCAUCCACAG